CACAACUAUGUUUUACUUCCGUGAUCACAGUACUAUAGCAACCUAUAGUCCUUUGUAUAUCCAGGAUUCCUCCAAAAAGUUGCACUGUUCCACACAGUGCGUCCUGCAUCCAUUUACCGGAAUCAACUCGACUCCGAAGUCUCAUGUCAGCGUUAACCUCGGUCCGGUUAUACUUGGUCGCCGGAUGACCUGGUUCCCCAGAUUCAAUUUCUUCCCCCACUAUAGCAAUGGUAUAUCAUCCAGUCGUCGAGCUCACUUCUGAGGCAUCAUGGGCAAUGGUGGAGGACAAGUUCUCGCCUUAUGCGAAGGAGACGUUAGCAAAGUUGAUCACAUUCCUUGAAAAUGAAAUAAUGCCAUCAACGAAACUGGCCCAUGCCCAACUGCCCGCUGACCCCGAAAAGCGAUGGAAGACUGUCAUUCCCGUCAUCGAAGAACUCAAAGCUAAAGCUAAAAAGUUGGGCUUGUGGAAUCUGUUUUUGAGCAAUACACACUAUCCCGAAUUUGGUGUACCACUCAGUAAUCUUGAGUAUGCCGUGAUGGCGGAGGUUCUUGGUCGAGGAGGUCCUAUUGCCUCGCAAGCUGUCAAUUGUUCAGCGCCCGAUACAGGAAACAUGGAGGUGUUGGCUCGUUAUGGCUCUCGAGAGCAACAGCAGAAAUGGUUGGUACCUUUGCUGAAUGGAGAGAUACGUUCUGCAUUUUCCAUGACCGAAAAGUUUGUGUCUUCCUCAGAUGCGACCAACAUCCGGACAUCCAUUCGACGAGAGGGUGACGAAAUUGUCAUUAAUGGUCAUAAAUGGUGGAUUAGCGGUGCUGGCGAUCCAAGAACGCGCCUUCACCUUGUCAUGGGCAAAAGUGAUGCCACCAACAAAAAUGCGUACAAUCAGCAGAGCGUUGUCAUCGUUCCUGCCGAUGCACCCGGGGUCACAGUUGUUCGACCCAUGACAGUCAUGGGAUACGACGACGCGCCGGAAGGACAUUGCGAAAUCAUAUAUGAAAAUGUCCGCGUGCCCUUGAGUAACCUUGUUUUAGGAUGGGGUAGAGGAUUUGAGAUCAUUCAAGGACGUCUUGGCCCUGGACGUAUCCACCACUGUAUGCGAACCCUCGGUGCUGCACAGGCCGCUUUAGAUACCAUGCUUCAGAGGGUCACUGAUCCUUCACGGAAAACCUUUGGGAAAUACCUUUAUGAGCACGGUACCGUCAUCGCGGAUAUUGCGAAGUCUCGUGCUGAAAUCGAGUCCGGAAGAUUACUCGUUUUGAGUGCCGCAUUGAUGAUCGACAAAUACAAGGCCAAAGGAGCUCUUAAGGAGAUCGGUAUAGCCAAGUUCACUGUUCCAUCCAUGGCCUUGACUGUUCUUGACCGAGCUAUGCAAUCUUUUGGCGCUGAGGGUGUAUCCCAAGACCAGAAUCUGGCCGAGACCUGGGCAGGAUUGAGGACGCUACGUAUUGCAGAUGGACCUGACGCGGUGCACAUCCAACAAGUCGGUCAGAGGGAGCUCAAGCGGGCUCCUGCACUGGUUAAGAAAGCGGCAGAGAUUAAGAAGAAAGAAAAAGAGAUGCUGGAGAAGGCAGGUUUCAAGUCUCAUCUGUAGCGACGUCUCUAUGAUUCAGCAUUGUAAAAUAUAGCAAAUAGGAAUGGAUGGAAAUAUUAGCACUUGGUGCCGCAUAUGAUCCACCGG